AUGUGGCAGCAGCAGCCCACGCGCUUGUUCCGUCCACCUCCUUGCCUUCCCGAAGGGCCGCCAGUGAACGCUGCCCAUGCCCGCAGGUCAAGCACAGAGCUCCGCAAGGAGAAAUCCCGGGAUGCGGCUAGAAGCCGGCGCAGCCAGGAGACCGAGGUGCUCUAUCAGCUGGCGCACACGCUGCCCUUCGCGCGCGGAGUCAGCGCCCACCUGGACAAGGCCUCCAUCAUGCGCCUCACCAUCAGCUACCUGCGCAUGCACCGCCUCUGCACCGCAGGGGAGUGGAACCAGAUGGGAACAGGGGGUGAACAACUGGACGCCUGCUACCUGAAGGCCCUGGAGGGUUUCGUCAUGGUGCUCACCGCCGAUGGAGACAUGGCUUACUUGUCAGAGAAUGUCAGCAAACACCUGGGCCUCAGUCAGCUUGAGCUCAUCGGACACAGCAUCUUUGAUUUCAUCCAUCCCUGUGACCAAGAGGAGCUUCAGGAUGCCCUGACCCCGCAGCAGAGCCUGUCCAAGAAGAAGCCGGAGGCCCCCACGGAGCGGUGCUUCUCCCUGCGCAUGAAGAGCACCCUCACCAGCCGCGGGCGCACCCUCAACCUCAAGGCGGCUACCUGGAAGGUGCUACACUGCUCUGGACACAUGAGGGUCUACAAGCCCCCCGCACAGACAUCCCCAGCCAGAAGCCCCAGCAUAGAGCCCCCCCUGCAAUGCCUGGUGCUCAUCUGUGAAGCCAUCCCCCACCCGGGCAGCCUGGAGCCCCCGCUGGGCCGGGGGGCCUUCCUCAGCCGCCACAGCCUGGACAUGAAGUUCACCUACUGCGACGAGAGGAUCGCUGAAGUCGCUGGCUACAGCCCCGAUGAUCUGAUUGGCUGUUCGGCUUACGAGUACAUCCAUGCACUGGACUCUGAUGCAGUCGGCCAGAGCAUCCACACCCUGCUGAGCAAGGGACAGGCAGUAACAGGGCGGUAUCGCUUCCUGGCACGGAGUGGUGGCUACCUGUGGACCCAGACCCAGGCCACAGUGGUGUCAGGGGGCCGGGGCCCCCAGUCUGAGAGUAUCAUCUGCGUCCACUUCCUGAUCAGCCGGGUGGAAGAGACUGGAGUGGUGCUGUCCCUGGAGCAAACAGAGCGACACUCUCGCAGACCCAUCCAGCGGGCCAGCCUCUCUCAGAAGAACACCCCUAAUCCUGGGGACAGCCUUGACGCGUCUCGUCCCCGGAUCCUGGCUUUCCUACACCCCCCUGCCCUGAGCGAGGCCACCCUGGCCGCAGAUCCCCGCCGUUUCUGUAGCCCUGACCUCCGCCGCCUCCUGGCACCUAUCCUAGAUGGGACUUCAGUAGCCACCACCCCCAGCGCACCCCCAGUCAGUCGGCGCCCCCAGAGCCCCCUGCCGGCUGAUCUCCCAGAUGAGCUACUUGGGGACGUGGAGAGUGCACACAAAGUCUUGGCCUCUGGGAAAGACCUUGAGGCAGUUGAGACAGAUCUAGAUAUAGCUCAGGACGUCGAUGCCUUGGAUUUGGAGAUGCUGGCGCCCUACAUCUCCAUGGAUGAUGACUUCCAGCUCAACUCCAGCGAGCACCUGCCCAGGGCCUACCACAGGACUCUGGGGGCUGCCCCCCGGCCCCGCGCGCGGAGCUUCCACGGCCUGUCGCCCCCACCUCCUGAGCCCGCCCUGCUGCCCCGCUGGGGGAGCGACCCCCGGCUGAGCUUCUCCAGCCCUUCCAGAGGGGACCCCUCAGCCCCACCCAUGGCUGGGGCUCGGAAGAGGACCCUGGCCCAGAGCUCAGAGGACGAGGCUGAGGGGGUGGAGCUGCUGGGAGUGAGACCCCCCAAAAGGUCCCCCAGCCGAGAACCCGGAAACUUCCUACUGCCUCCUCUCAGCCUGAGUCUCCUUCUGACAGGAGGACCAGCCCCAGGGAGCCAGCAGGACCCCGGCACCCACCUCCUGCAACUGCAUGAGCCCCUGAGCCUGGGCCCUUCGCUGCUCUGUCUCUACCCGGAGGAGGACACCACCCAACCCAAGAGCCACUUCCAGCCAGCAAGCGUGGCCCAGGCUGACUGA